AUGUUUCCCUCCGUCGAUCGCGGUAUGAACUUUAUAUCUAAUUUUCCGGGUGCUCACAGCUGUAGUGAUUCGCCGGCCAUUGUGUUGCCAGGGUUCCAAGACCAUCGAAACAUUCGCCUUAAAAGUAGAGGAUAUAGUCGUCUGAAGAUGUUAGUACAAAGGUAUAUAGUCCAGACUUAA